ACUCUCGCUUCUCUCUCUCUAGAUUUCGAUACCUCUGACCAUAAACUCUGCAUUCUCUCUCUCUACAUAUACAUAACUAUACUCGAUUGCAUCCUGUUGUUCAGGCAUUCAUGGCAAUGGAAGGUGAUAAAGCUGCAUACGUCGAGGUAUCGACCGAGGUUCAGCAGAAUCAAUCGUCGCCGCGCAAAUCAUCGCCUCCUCCGCCAGAUAGCGAAGAGAAGACCACUCAUGUUAGGUUCCUUUUAUCAAACGCUGAAGCUGGUUCUGUAAUUGGAAAAGGUGGUUCAACAAUCAAUGAUAUUCAGUCACAAUCUGGAGCACGCAUCCAGUUGUCGCGCAACUAUGAGUACUUUCCUGGCACAUCUGAUAGGGUUGUCAUGGUAUCUGGAAGAGUUGACGACAUAUUAAAAGCACUUGAUCUCAUUAUGUCUAAACUACUGGAUGAGUUUUAUGUGGAAGAUGGUGGCCAGGUUGAUCCUGAGUCCAAAAUUAGACUGGUUGUGCCCAAUAGCUCUUGUGGUGGAAUAAUUGGAAAAGGUGGAGCCAUUAUAAGGUCACUGAUUGAAGACUCCAGAGCUAGCAUUAAAAUAUCUCCCCAGGACAACUUUUACCCUGGCUUGCAUGAUAGAUUAGUGACUGUGGGUGGUGCCCCAGAAGAACAAAUGCGAGCUAUUGAUCUUAUCCUACAGAAAUUGGUAGAGGAUCAACAUUACCUGCAGUCUGCCAAUGCUCCAUUUCCAUAUGCUGCGGUGGCAUAUAAUGGGAUGAACUAUGGACCAAAUGGUGCUGGAGGGAAGUAUCAGAAUAAUAGGCUUCCGAACAAGACUCAGGAGGACAGAAGCAGUUCCGUAACUAUUGGCAUUCCAGACGAACACAUCGGAAUUGUCGUUGGCCGUGGUGGAAGGAAUAUUAUGGAGUUGAGCCAGCUUAGUGGAGCCAGGAUAAAGAUAUCGGAGAGAGGCGAUUUCAUGUCCGGGACAUCUGAUAGGAAAGUUACCAUCACCGGGUCUCAAAGAGCUAUUCACAUGGCUGAGUCUAUGAUAUCCCGGAAAGUUGCUUCUGUUACUGAGCAAUAAUGUGAGCACUGCUCGUUUUCACGUCUGAUCAUGUUAAAGAUACCUCGUUCUGGAUCGUGUGGUAUUUAUUUUAGCGUUAUCGAAAAAAUAGAAACUUGUUCGUUUGUUACGGUUUAGUAAAGGAAGUUGAUAAACGGGAGGGGAUAAUUACACAUUUUGCUUCAGAGAGCUUCACACUAUCUAAGUUGUUGGCAUGAACUUCUUAUUUUAGAAGAGGAAGGCAAAUAGUAAAAUAUUUAUUGAGGAAAUUACCAAAUCUGGUUUGCUCUGUCUUUAUACAGUUGUAAUCUGUUAUGGAUAAACUUCAUUACAUUUUCUGAUUUCUGAACUAUGGAAUCUGUGAUAAAAGUUUUGACUUGUUCUUGUUUGUA